UCAGCAUUGCCAUCAGCGGUGCCAGUCUCAGCUUGAGGGAGGUUUUGUAUAUUCUUCCAUCAGCGUUGCCAUCAGCGGUGCCAGUCUCAGCUUGAGGGAGGUUUUGUAUAUUCUUUCAUCAGCGUUACUCAAUCAUAGCCUCUGUGUGACUUCUGUACACUGGUUGGGCUCAAACAGGCUUGAAUUAAAUGGAGGUGAUUGAACUGAUGGUUUUGUAGUGUGAAGCGUCUUUGUUGGGAUUUUUUUACAAAUACUUUGUUGAAGGUUGGAUGAUCAGCUAUGUGGUUGCGUAUUUUCCUGCAGGGUGUCUCUCAGUCGAAACUUUGCUUUGUGUAAAAUUGUAUGAUGAGACAUUUUUAGCACCGGUUGGUGUCCUAACUUUGACUUUGAAUCUAAAAAAAAAAAGUGCCUUUUUAUUUCCCAGAAUUCUUCAGGAAUAAACAUUCCAAAGCCACCCAAGCCGCCAGACAAGCCGUUGAUGCCAUACAUGCGAUAUAGUCGCAAGGUUUGGGAUCAAGUAAAAGCCUCCAAUCCCGAUCUGAAACUAUGGGAAAUUGGGAAGAUAAUCGGUGGCAUGUGGAGGGACCUCACUGAUGAGGAAAAACAGGAUUACUUGAAUGAUUACGAAGCAGAGAAGAUUGAGUACAAUGAGAGCAUGAAGGCCUACCACAACUCUCCGGCCUACCUGGCUUACGUCAACGCUAAGAGCCGCGCCGAAGCCGCUCUGGAGGAGGAAAGCCGACAGCGCCAGUCUCGUCUCGACAAGGGCGAGCCGUACAUGAGUAUCCAGCCAGCAGACGACCCAGAUGAUUACGACGACGGAUUCUCCACGAAGCACUCGGCUGCCGCCCGUUUCCAGCGCAACCACCGGCUGAUCAGCGAGAUCCUGAGCGAGAGCGUGGUCCCCGACGUGCGCUCCGUCGUCACUACCGCCCGCAUGCAGGUCUUGAAACGGCAGGUCCAGUCCCUUAUGGUGCACCAGAGGAAGCUGGAGGCGGAGCUACUUCAGAUUGAAGACCGCCACCAGGACAAGAAAAGGAAAUUCAUCGAUGCCACAGAGUCUUUCAACGGCGAGCUGAAAAGGCUGUGUUGUAUGAAAGUAGAGGUGGACAUGGAGAAGAUAUCUGCAGAGGUCGCUGCGGCAGAGGAUGCAUCCCGCAGGCGCCUGUCGGAGCGGGAGAAGGAGGCGUCCACGUCCUCUAGCCUGGAGGAGGAGGAGAAACCAGUUGGCCCGUCAAAUGGCAGCAAGAGCCAGCAGGUGUCUGUCAGUGACAGCAGCAACAAGGAGAGAGAGGAGACGGAACCCAGCCCCAUGGAUACUGGUGAGAAGUCAAAGGCAUCGGAGGAGUCGACGGCUCGUCCUGCCAGUGAGGUUGAGGAGGGGGCGCCGUCGGAGGACAAGGAGAGUGUUCCGGAAGGGGUGAUGGAGGACGGCACCAGUGACAGUAACACGGGGUCAGAGACCACCUCUGCUGUGACGGAGGACGCCCCGCCCAGCGAGCCAGCAGCCUCAGAGGGGCCGAGCAGGGCACGCCCUUCCGCCCACUGAGGAGUCGACCUCUGACCUUAGGGCCGAGAAAUGUCCAUGAUGCAUCAUUCCAUCUCUACGGUCCCACUCUGAUGAUAACACAUUGUACAUUAGUAUCUAUGUGAACAAAAGCUGUGUUUAGAUGGGUUUCUAUUUCCGAUGGGAAGUUUGAUGCAAUUGGUUGAAUCUUCAGAGCUCUGUUGGCAGGGUCAAAAUGGACCUGCUGUCAAUUUGCGAAGCGCUCCAAGUGCACAAAGCAAAGCAAUUGUCCCAACUAAAGUGAAUGUCAUCUAAAUUGAGUCACAAUUCAUACGGUGAAUUCGCCGUAUUUCUAUCACAGACCGCAGUGCCAGUCGAUAGCAACCAUCCCAUCACCUGUCAAUAUAUCAAAACAUAUCUCUUGUCUUAUUCUAUGGUUCUAUAUCUGGCAGACACUAUGGUACUAUAUCUGGCAGACACUAUGGUACUAUAUCUGGCAGACACUGGUACUAUAUCUGGCAGACACUAUGGUACUAUAUCUGGCAGACACUAUGGUACUAUAUCUGGCAGACACCAUUAAUCUUACCGAUUGAGGCUGGUUGUAAAAACUGUCGCAAAAAAAACAAGUUGUUCAAUGUUUAAUUACUUGUUCUUUGGAGUGUAAUGUUAUUGUUGCUUUCAAUGUUAUUGUUGCUUUCAAUGUUAUUGUUGCUUUCAAUGUUAUUUUUGCAUGGUGUCGCAACUCCUCAAAUGGAAGAGUUUGCUUUAGUAAAGGGAAGGGGUGGGGUGACUCUCGAUAUUUUGUCAUGUUUACUCUUAAGUAUCAGUAUUAAGUGACAGUAUUGUCUCAGGAGUUAAUAGAAAUAAGUAGUUGUUUUCAUGAUUUAUUAUUAUUCUUGUGUAUUGUGAGUCCUGGGCCCAGUCCGUUCGUCCACCAACCUGUUGUAAUGCUACGAGUCCAUCCAUGCUGUACAGUGCUCUUAACAGUCAGUGUUCUAAAGUCUGCUAGCUCUCAAUCAAAUCAAAAGCACUAUGCUUAGAACAACCUUUCAAGUGUUAUGUUGUUAUGACCAGUAGUACAAUGUUCGACCCAGAACAAACUCUUAAAUGUUAAUAUGCAAUGUAAGAAGCCGCGUUGGAAGGUUUGCGUGAGCGUGAGUGGUUUUUCAUCUCGUCCUAAAGCUACUUGGAAGAGCAGAGUGAGUCAUCAACAUACUGUCUUAAAAAUCGAUUUUGUUUGCCACAUUUAUACCAAUAAACUUUUCUACCCUGA